AUGGCAACGAUUUUUGUGCUCUCGAACGGGACCAGUCGCCAUUGUUGCAAUGGAGCCGUCAUCAGCGAGCAGACCGUACUGACGACAGCGAGCUGUCUGCUGCACUGUGGUAACGCGACGGAGCGUUGGCGAGUUCGGUUAGGUGUGUGGGAUCAUGACAUCCCGGUGUCCGAACAUCAACCAGAGAUCUAUCGAGUGCGUCAAUUCCGACCGCACAAAGAUUUUCAACCGUACACGCGGUUAAUGAACAUAGCCGUGCUGGAGGUGGACGGAGUAGUUCUGAGUGGUCCGAACAUUCAGCACGCCUGCCUGCCGGAGGAAGAGGACUCGAUGGGUACGCGUCGACGCAAUAUGCUUUACACCGGCUGGGGUGCAAGCUUCGUGGCGGAACGGCCCAGUUGUGCCGAGAACAUCCUGAAGUCGACUCAACUGCAGCCCAUUACCAAGCGAUCCUGUGCGGAGCGGCUGAAAGCGGUCCAAGCGGAUGUUACGCUGCAUCGUGGGGUCGCCUGUGUUGUGGCCGAGGAUCAUGAUUGGUUGUGCCGAGGGAAAGCUGGUGCUCCGGUCGUCGCAGAGCUGCCCGGUGAUGCCGGUUGCCGGUACAUCCUGUACGGGUUGGUCUCGCGGAAUUACGGUUGCCUGGAACUGGAUGCUCCCACAGUGCUCACGAAGGUUUCGCACUUUCGCCGGUGGAUUGAUGUUACGCUGGCGCGUAUGAUUGCCCGGAAUCGGCGAAAUUUUCGCCGAAAAAAUCAAAGCCUUAUGCGUAAACGAGUUUGA